AUUUUCAUAAUAUUGUGGUCGAUAUUAAAUGUGUUCAUCAAAUUAACAUUCAUAAAAUAAAAAAAUUCGUAAAAAAUAAAACAAGUAUUUAAAAUACAUUAUUGUGUUUAUUGAGGUUGAUUUUUACAAAUGGAAUCAAUUUUGGAAAUAUAUUUCCAUUUAUAAAUUUGUAUACACUAGAAUGGAAUACAUCAAAAUACAACAUUUGCAAAUGUUUACAAAAUAAUGGAUCGGAGUAUGGAUACAUUCCAACAACUUGUAUCAGAUCAUCCUUGGUCUUCAUUGUCAACAAUAACAGCCUUUGAUAGUGGAGAGGAAAAUGACACAGUGGAAAGUAAAUUAAGUACAGAAAGUAUGGACGAUUCCAGCACAGAACUUAUUCGGGGCGUCGACAUAAUUGGUUUAUUAAAAGCAAAGGCAUCAACACCAAUAAGUCUACUUGUUGAAUCGUUGGUUCAACAAUUAUGUGCAUUAUUAGAGCCGGAUAGUAUAAAGGCAACGAAAUUGUAUAACGUAAUAUGCGAAAAACUGUAUGAAAUGAAGUUAAUCGAUGAAAGUUAUUCUAUGGAGGAAUUUGAAGUAAUGCGUAAUCGAUAUCAAAAAGCUUUAUAUCAAUUAGUGGGCGUUGCGAAAGGAUCAGAUAUACCGAAAACUAUUCAAUACAUGGUUCCGUCGAAUAACAAAGCAUUAGAUUCUCGAUAUAGUCGAGAGUUUACUGAAUUAGCUUUUUUAGGUGGUGGGGGCUUUGGGCAGGUUUAUAAAGCACGGCAUCGUUUGGAUGGGAAUGAAUAUGCUGUAAAGAAGAUAUGUAUUUGCGCUGAUAGUGUAAAAGCUGUAAUGACACAUUUAAAAGAAGUAAAAACAUUUGCAAUAUUAAAUCAUCCAAAUGUUGUCCAAUACAAAGCUGCAUGGUUAGAGCCGUUUGUUGUAUCGAAUGUUCGUAAACCAAUAAUACGUGAUGAAUUUGCAUUGUGUAACACUGAUAUUGAAAGUUUUAAUAAAUUGUCAGAUAUCACUGCCAAAAUUGAUUUGAUUAACAAAACCAAGAAAAACACAAGUGAUAGUGACAGUGAUUUCCGUAUUGAGUUUCGUAAUAGUACCAGUGAUAGUCCACAAACAGUUUCAGACAAAUCAUUAAGUAAUUCUACAAACAGUUUCAAUCAAAUUUGUUGUUUACAAAACGAUGAAAUUCGUAAAGCACCGAAAUCCGAAUGGGUUACAUUAUAUAUACAAAUGGCUUUAUGUCAAAUGACAUUAAAACAAUGGUUGGAACAACGAAAUCAUUUAGAACGAGCAAAUAAAGAGAUUAAUUCUGUAGUUGUAGAAUCGCGAAUAUUAACUGCCAGAAAAAUAUUUAAACAAUUAGUUUCCGGAUUAGCAUAUAUUCAUUCCAAAGGAAUUGUUCAUCAUGAUAUUAAACCGAGUAAUGUAUUUAUCAGUAUCGAAAAUAAUGUGAUAUCGGUACAGCUUGGUGAUUUUGGAUUGGCAUGUCCGUUGGAAAAAUCACAUAAUGGAGCCGCUCUAGGUACUUAUUUGUAUGCAGCACCUGAGCAAUUAGAAGGAAAAUGCGAUUUAAAGAGCGACAUAUUUAGUUUGGGUAUCAUAUUAUUGGAAUUGAUUGAAUCAUUCGCUACGGAUAUGGAACGUGUGCAAAACAUUACCGAACUUAGGAAAGGUCGUCUCUCUGCGCAUAUAUCCGCCGAUCAUCCACAAUUUGCACAUAUAAUAAGUCAGUUAGUUACGCCAGCUCCUUCUCAACGACCUGAUGCCGCUAAAUUAUUAACAAUAUUAGAUGAUGAGACAAACAAUUUAAUUAAUAUAAAUCUAUUACAAGAACAAUUAAAAGAGAAAGAUUGUGAAAUUCAACGAUUGAAAGCGCUAUUAAAUCAAAUUGGUGGGAAAUCGUAACCAUUAAUGGUAGACAUAAUUUACUCAGAAGUACUUAAAAAAAAUCAAAAGUGUUCUUAGAAUUAAAUUAACCUUAUGUGAGUGUUCUACAUAUUCAUUUAUUAAAAUUAUUUCAUUUUUUCUGAAAGUUGUUUGUGUUACGAUUGUAGUAAUGGUUACCUAAUUUUUAAAAAAGACAGUGAAUUCCAUUUUUUUUUUACCAUA